AUGCUAAGCAAGGUGUUAAAGCCUCAUGUUGAUCAAUUCGGUGAAGGUAAUGAUGAUGAUAUCAAUGAUGACGAUGAUGAAGGCCUAAGGAAUACCAAUAAUGUUGGAAGUCAAGAUAUGGACUAUGAUAAUGAAGAAUUGGAAAGCUCAUACCCUGAUGAUAGUGGAAAUGAAAAAAAACAUAAAACUAAGUAUGAGAAGUUUAGAGAGGAGCUUCUGAACAAGGAAUUCCAAUUUAAACUAGGUGUGAAAUUUAAUUCUUUAUAUGAAUUAAAAGAUGCAAUUAGUGAGUGUGAUGUGUUUAUGGAAAAACUUAGUGAGUCUUUUAGUAGUAUAAUUUUACAAGAUAGGGGUAAACUAAUCCCCACAGUGUAUGAGUGGAUUAGGAACUAUUUAACGAAUAAGAGUAAUGAACUAGAUCCUAAUACAUUAAAAAUAAAGAAGAAAACACCAAGGAAGAAGGCUUCAUCAAGUGUUGCUAAAGUGGUGUCUAAAAUAAAUGCUAUUGAAGGUGUGUCUGAGGAAAAUGCCACUCAAUGUGUGUUUGAGGUUGAUGUGAUGAUUAAGAAGAUGAUGGAAGCUUUUGAAGAUGAAUUAUCCCAAGAUCCACAUUCUCAAGUGUGUAAUCCCACACCUAUUGUUGAACAAGCAGAGAAGACACAAGAAGAUGUUGAGAAGAACAAAAAACUUAAAAAGAAUAAACAUGUUUAG